AUGUCCCACAUCACCCUCUCCCUCCUCCUCUCCCUAACAGAACUAACCCUCUCCCACCUCUUCCUCCCCCCCCUCCCCAUCACUCCUUCUUACCUCCUCCCCCUUUUCCUCGCGCAUUACCUCCCCUUGAAAAUCUACUCCCUCUUCCUCCACCCCUUUUAUUUCUCCCCGUUACGCACCCUCCCCACACCUGGGGGAAACCUCCCCCUGCUAGGCCAAACCCUCACCCUCCUCCGCGCAACCUCCCCCGUGCAAACAUACGUUGAUUGGGCCAACCGUUACCCACGUGCCCCGUUUAUCCGGUUUUUGGGUCUGUUCCAUUCAGAGAUGGUACUAGUUGCCAGUCCGGAGGCGCACAAGGAGGUGUUGAUGACGCACUGUUAUGAGUUUAAGAAGCCGAAUAUCAUGUACAGGUUUAUUGGGGAUUUUGUCGGCAGGGGGUUGUUGUUUGCUGAGGGGGGGAGCAUAAGAUUGCGAGGAGGAGGUUGA